AACAAUGUAUGUCUCGUCAGAUAAUUACGAGACAUGUGUCAAUAAUGUGGAAAAACAAGAAGAACUAGUGAGAAGACAAUAGUACCCUUCCAUCAUCCAUGUAUAAGUAGCACCUCCUGUCCGAAUAUACUCCAAUCAGACCUCACACAAACAAGUCACACCACAAUUAUGGGCAAAACUCAUAAUACUUGCUCUUGAAGAAACCAAUAAUAAUAUUCUCACGCCUAAAACACAUCGUUUUAUCAGAAACAUCCAUCGACUAUGGCUUCUACUUCUACUACCUUACUAUUUCCUUCUACUUCUACCCAAUUUCUCGAUCCAACUUUCUCAAGUUCUUCUUCUUCUUCUUCUUCUUCUUCGUCUAGACACAAAUCUCUAUCGUUUUCUUCGACACUCGGCAACAAGAAGCUACUAACCCUUUGCUCUGUUUCUUCCUCUUUCGACAAAACAUCUCCCAUCUCAUCUUCUCUCCAAUCUCCGACAUUCACACCACCGUCUUGGCAGAAACUAUGCAACGAUGUCGCCAGUCUUAUCCCUAAAACUACCAAUCAAAAUCCUAAACUAAAUCCGGUACAGAGAACCGCCGCCAAUAUUUUAGACGCGGUGGAGAGCGCCAUGGUUUCUCACGAACUCCGUCGUCAUCCGCUUCCUAAAACUGCGGAUCCCACCGUCCAAAUUGCCGGAAAUUUCUUCCCGGUACCGGAGCGACCAGUCGUGCAUAACCUUCCGGUGACUGGAGCAGUACCAGAGUGCAUUCAAGGAGUUUACGUCCGAAACGGAGCGAAUCCGCUCCACAAACCAGUCUCCGGCCACCAUUUGUUCGACGGUGACGGUAUGAUUCACUCUGUCCAGUUCGAUAACGGCUCGGUUAGCUACGCUUGCCGGUUCACCGAAACAAACCGGUUGGUUCAAGAGCGAGAAUCUGGUCGCCCUGUCUUCCCCAAAGCAAUUGGAGAGCUUCACGGACAUUUAGGUAUCGCCAAGCUUAUGCUCUUCAAUACCCGUGGACUAUUCGGAUUAGUCGACCCGACCCGAGGACUCGGUGUCGCUAAUGCCGGUUUAGUCUAUUUCAACGGUCAUCUCUUAGCCAUGUCCGAAGAUGACUUACCGUACCAUGUCAAAGUCACUCAAACCGGAGAUUUAGAAACUUUGGGUCGGUACGACUUCGACUGUCAGCUUAAAUCCACAAUGAUAGCCCACCCGAAAAUCGACCCGGAAACCCGAGAACUAUUCGCUUUAAGCUACGACGUCGUUUCGAAGCCUUACCUAAAAUACUUCAGAUUCUCACCCGACGGUGAGAAAUCACCGGACGUCGAGAUUCCUCUUGAUCAGCCGACAAUGAUCCACGACUUCGCGAUCACUGAGAACUUCGUAGUGAUCCCAGAUCAACAAGUGGUUUUCAGAUUACCGGAGAUGAUCAGAGGUGGUUCUCCGGUGGUUUACGAUGAGAACAAGAAAUCAAGAUUUGGUAUUCUGAAUAAACAAGCUAAAGAUGCUUCGUCGAUUCAAUGGAUCGAAGUACCAGAUUGUUUCUGUUUCCAUCUAUGGAACGCUUGGGAAGAGCCAGAAACAGACGAGGUUGUCGUGAUCGGAUCAUGUAUGACGCCACCUGAUUCGAUUUUCAACGAACACGACGAAACACUUGAGAGUGUUUUGUCGGAGAUAAGACUAAACCUGAAAACAGGGGAAUCAACACGUCGACCGGUUAUAUCCGAACAAGUUAAUCUCGAAGCCGGUAUGGUAAACCGUAAUUUAUUAGGUAGAAAAACCCGGUUUGUUUACCUUGCUUUAACCGAACCGUGGCCUAAAGUGUCCGGUUUCGCGAAAGUGGACAUAUCGACCGGAGAGAUUCAAAAGUAUAUAUACGGAGACGGGAAAUACGGAGGAGAGCCUCUGUUUCUGCCUUCCGGUGACGGAGAAGAAGACGGUGGUUACAUUAUGGUGUUUGUCCACGACGAGGAGAAGGUGAAGUCGGAACUUCAAAUCAUUAACGCCGUUAAUCUGAAGCUCGAGGCUACGGUUGCGCUUCCGUCGAGAGUGCCUUAUGGUUUCCACGGGACGUUCAUUAGUAAAGAAGAUCUAUUGAAUCAAGCUUAGUGUUAAUAUUAGGUUUUUGAAAAGUUUAGGGUUUUAUA